GACUGUUCCGGCCCAGGCCUGCUAAACAGCAAUGACAACCGCAACAAGAAAACAGCCGGGCGUUGUGGUGGGCACCUGUAGUCCCAGCUACUUGAGAGGCUGAGGCCAGAGAAUCACUUAAGCCCAAGAAUUUGAGGUUGCUGUGAGCUGUGACACCAUAGCACUUUACUGAGGGCGACAGAAUGAGACUGUUUCAAAAAAAUAAAUAAAAAGGGCCUGGGUGGUGUUGGUCCGGCGCGUGACCAUUCACUGCCAUGGCGGGCGCGGGGACAGCUUUCCGCCGCCUGGGCGCCUUGUCCGGAGCUGGGGCCCUAGGGUUGGCCUCCUACGGGGCGCAUGGUGCCCAAUUCCCAGAUACCUACGGAAAGGAGGCCGGGUUACUACUAGCCUCUGGAACCACGUUAUUCUGCACCAGCUUUUACUACCAGGCCCUGAGUGGAGACCCCAGCAUCCAGACUUUGGCCCCUGUGGGAGGGAGCCUGCUACUCUUGGGAUGGAUGGCCUUGGCUCUUUGAGCUCUCUUUUGUUUAAUUGCUGAGUUUACUGGAUAAUUUUUUGAGAUUUGGAGCAGGAAGGGGAUAGGGCG